GCAGCUUAAUAGUAUCUUUCAGACAGGGAAUUUACUUCACUUUAUGCCGUAUACAAUUGAUAGGAGGAGUUGGAAAUUAUCUAUUGAUAAGAUAAAAUUUGGUCACAUGACCAAAACUUUAAGCCACCUCUUAAAGGCCAUUCGGUGAUAACGUGUGCUUUUAAAUAAGCACGGCCUCGUUUAAAGAACAAUUCAACAAUUAACAUGAUCGAUAGAUAUAGAUCAACUAAUCAACAAUGUCAAAUAGUUAUAACAAUAGUAGGCUUGUAGGCACGAAAUCAAGAUUGGGAUGUUUGAGUUGUAAAAAACUUCGAAUAAAGUGUAAUGAAGCAAAACCUAGUUGCGAAUAUUGCCAACAUACGAAUCGUGAAUGUAUUUAUCCAGAUACACCACAUCAAAUAAAAUUUAAACCAUAUGUUGUUAAAUCUUCAAGUAGUGUUAUAGUUGGAACUUCAGGACCUAAUAAUUUUGAUAAAUUGUUUGGUAGUGCCGAACAUUAUUUUACAGUUAAAGAAAGUUCAUCACAGCAGAAUCUCGUAAAAUCAUUAGCAUUAAAUCAAACUACGACACAGUUAAAUUUAUCUACAUUUGAAUUACGAUUACUUAAUUUCUUUCAUAAUUUCUGCAUAUUUGGCUUUACCUUUGGACAGAAUCCAGCUGUUCAUGACGUAUGGGCUAAUAAAGUUCCAAAAUUAUUCAUAGAAAGUCAAUUGGUCCGAGAUUGUAUCUUUGCCUAUGCUUGUAUCAAUUUGUUCCCCUUCUGUGAUUUAGAACAAUUGAAAAUAGAAGAUAAUCAAGAAAUUCGACGCCGUUAUGAUGUUGGGACUUUAAAAUAUCACAAUACAAAUGGACAAAUUUCGAAAUCAGAAAGAAACAAGUUAUUUGUUAAGACAUCGGAAUAUUUUUCAAACUCAAUCUCUAGCAAGAAUGCUCUUAUUUCGAAACACAAACAAUUAUUUUAUGGACCAUAUGUUCCAGAAGAUCAAUUAGCCAAAGAAUUAGUUAUAUCUAGUAUAUUAAUCUUUGGAUUCUUGGGACUCCAACCCCAUGAUUUAGUGCCAUUAGUAUGUUUUGACGGAAGUGAAGCUGACUAUCUUAAUAUCAGUCAAAGCUUAAGAAAUAUGUUUUUAACUAGUUACCCAGCAAUUAGCACUAAUGAAUUUAGUGGAAUUUUUGUGGUUAAUGAGCCUAAAAGAGUACCUUCAGUUAAAGAAAGUACAUUCCCACUUAUUAUUAAUCUUAAGCGAGAUCUAGAAAUGUUUUAUCCAGAUCUUGAUAAAGAUAACAAAUCUAGUAAUGAUUAUGAUGCUGUGUUGAGUGUACUUGAAUUACUUCAGAUUUGUAUAUACAGAGCUGAUAAAAAACAUUAUACAGUUCCAUUAUUCAGAUGGUUGGUAUUAAUAAAUAAUGAUUUCUGUGACUUAGUUCAUGAAAAGAAUUUCUAUGCACUCAGAAUCUUAUUUGUAUAUUCAUGCUUGUGUAAUAUGGCACGGUUCCAAUUAUACUACGAUGCAAACUUAUGGAUUAAUUUUGUUAUCUGGUUUAGGAACUAUAACUACGAAUUGUUCGGUCUCGGGAAUUGGAAAUACAAUAUGGAUAGAAGCUUGUUCAAUCUCAUUCAUGACAAAUAUUAUACUUUCUACAAUCCUGUUUUCUCAAAUAUGACGGAAUUUGAUCCCGAGUUCCUUGAUAUAUCAAUGUGAGAUAUUGAAUGAAUCUAUGUAUGUACGUAUGUAUAAUGUACAGGAUGUAUGAUGUAUACUAUACAAUUUACUGUAUGUGUAGUAUGAAUUACUAAUAUUUUUUGAGACGGUAUUAGGAGCACUCGGUGUUUAUAUUUCACAACCACAAUUUCACAACCACCGAGCAUUGCCUGAUCCGGAUUUUCGUGGAUUUAAAGUUAGUGCAUACUUUAUGGGGUUGC